AUGUUAAAUUUGAUCUUCCAGGACGUGAAGAACAAUGGUGGCGUGGCUGUGACCGCAAAGAACUAUGUCUCGGCAGUGGCAUUUCACAACAUCACCAGGAUCGUCUUCAGGAAGAGAUUCGUGGACGAGCUUGGAGAAAUACUGCCGCAGGGUGUGGAGUUUAAGGUGGGGAUGAAGCUCGAUGCGUCCCUCACCAUGGUGGAGCACCUUCAUUUGCUAGAUGUUUCCGCUCCAGGAGGAGGAAUUCGCCAAGCGCACGAUCCUCGUGCUGCAGUCAGAUUGGUAGGCUAUGCAAGAACUGGAGAUCGCUUCCUACACCAUAAGGACAUGGAUCCGUCCUUUAGAAACAUGGCUGAACAAGCUUUGGCCAAUCUCAAGCAGUGCAUUCAAGGUAGCAAUGACCAAAGAGCAAAACCCUUAAACCCUAAAUCAAACAUGGAGUGGUCCGGGACCAAGGCGAGAGACACGUUUGUCGACUUCUUUGAGCGUCGCGAUCACAAGUUCGUUCGAUCCAGCCCCGUCCUACCUCCACCGGACGAUGCGUCGCUCCUCUUCACGAACUCGGGUGUUGUCCAAUUCAAGCGACUGUUGCUGGGAAAUGGGGGCUCCAUGAGCGCGCUCCGGCGUGCGUGUAACAGCCAGAAGUGCAUUCGCGCUGGAGGCAAGCACAACGAUCUGGACGACGUUGGAAAGGAUAGCUACCACCACACCUUCUUUGAGAUGCUAGGAAGCUGGUCCUUUGGUGACUAUUUCAAAGAGGAGGUGAUCAACUGGGCCUGGGAACUUCUUACGCAGGUUUACAAGCUGCCUCAAGAUCGCCUCUAUGUCACAUACUUCGGCGGUGAUGAAAAACUACGCCUCCCUUCGGAUCUCCAGGCCAGAGAUAUCUGGCUCAAGUUUUUACCUCAUGACCGUGUUCUUCCCUUUGGUUGCAAGGAUAAUUUUUGGGAGAUGGGUGAAGUUGGGCCUUGCGGUCCCUGCAGUGAAAUUCACUUCGAUAGGAUCGGAGAUCGCGAUGCAGCUUCUCUCGUGAAUAGUGACGAUCCUAUGUGCAUUGAGAUCUGGAACUUGGUGUUCAUACAGUUCAACAGAGAAACCGAUGGCAAGCUCACGCCCCUUCCAACGCAAAGUAUCGACACGGGAAUGGGCCUUGAGCGUCUCGUGUCCGUGCUUCAAAACAAAUCAAGCAACUACGACACUGAUUUGUUUCUUCCGCUGUUUGAAGCAAUCCAAAAGGCCACAGGUGCACGGCCAUACUCCGGUAAAAUGGGAAAGGAUGAUACUGAUCUCAUUGACACUGCUUACCGAGUAAUAGCUGAUCAUGUACGAACACUUACGUUUGCUAUUGCUGAUGGCUGUCAACCAGGUAAUGAAGGGCCUGGUCAUGUGUUGAGGCGUAUUCUCAGACGGGCAAUUCGAUAUGGCAUUGACAUCAUGAAAGGUGGAGAUGGUUUCUUCAGCGGCUUGGUCGAUGCUGUUGUAGAAACUAUGGGUGAUGCGUAUCCAGAGCUGAGAACGGCGAGUGAUCGUGUCAAGAGAGUUCUUGCAGAGGAAGAAGCUUGUUUCUCGAGAACGUUAGCAAAGGGUGUUGAACGAUUUCAUAAAGCAGCUGCUGAUGUAAACAAUAGCAUGUUUAGUGGGCAGGAAGCAUUUUUGCUCUGGGACACUUAUGGUUUUCCUCUCGAUCUUACACAGCUCAUGGCUCAAGAGCAAUAUGGAUUCCAUGUGGACGUGCAUGGCUUUCAUCACGAAUUGGAAAAUGCAAAGCAAAAAGCUCGCACUGCUCGUUCCAAGGCCCGUGGGAAUGUCUUCGCACUGGAAUCUAGGGAGAUAGCCCAGCUUCAAAAGUGCGGGAUAAGUCCAACCAAUGACCGGGGUAAAUACCAAGGUUAUGACGAUCAUCAAACCACAGUGGCAGCGAUUGUUACUGCCGAUGGCUUGACACAAACCCUUGAAGCAAACCACGAUGGCAAAGUCGUCGGUUUGAUACUUAAGUCCACUACCUUCUAUGCAGAGCAAGGAGGCCAGAUAUACGAUGUCGGGGCAAUAGAAUCUAGUGUUUUCUCGUUCCAAGUGCUCAAUGUACAAUCAUAUGGUGGAUAUGUUGUGCAUUAUGGAGUCCCUCGAGGGGCUUUGUCUGUUGGAGACAUCGUUUUUGCAAAGGUAGACUACUCUAUUCGGUCGAUGAUAGCACCAAAUCAUACAAGCACUCAUCUUUUGAGCAGUGCAUUAAGAGCUGUGCUCGGAGAUCAUGUCGAGCAGAAAGGUUCCUUGGUGUCCCAUGACAAGCUGAGGUUCGACUUUAGCCAUGGGCAAAGGAUUGAAAUCCAAGAGCUUAAAAAGAUAGAAGACAUGGUGUCAGUGCUCGUGCGUGACGGCUGCGAGGUGUUUUCGAGCGAAAUAAGCCUUGAGAAGGCAAGAAAGAUACAGGGACUCCGGACUGUUGUUGGCGAGAUCUAUCCUGAUCCCGUUCGGGUUGUGGCCAUCGGCGAGCCAGUCUCCAAGCUACUUAAUGAUCCAUCUUGCAUGACCCAUUCAGUGGAGCUGUGCGGAGGAACGCACCUCUCGAACACUAGACAGGCCGAGGCAUUUGCUAUUGUCUCGGAAGAGGGAGUCGCCAAGGGUACGAGGCGAUUGGUUGCGGUGACUGGGAACCUCGCAAAGGAGGCUAUCCAGCGUGCGGAAGAACUCUCUGCGCGUGUGUCCAACGCCUACUCGCUGGAACUCACAGAGCUAGAAAAGGCAAGUUGGAAUUUGCGUUGUGAUUCAUAUUAA